GGCCUUUUUUUUUUGAGAACCUGGGUUUGAACCCUGGUUGGUAGCCUCACAACUGGAGGACUUCCCACCAUGCUACAAGUAUGUUCUUGUUGAAAGACACAACUCAUUCAUAAUGUUUUUUUUUUGAGAUAUAACGUGUUCCUUUUUUUUGAGAUAUAAUCUGUUCUUUUGGUGCAGCACCCAACUACUCAUGUUGUCAUUAUCAAUUCAAAAUACUGUUAAAUUAUGCAGGCCAUCAAAAUCAAUGCAGAGCAUACUGAAUCUGUGCGCAAAGACCUUCUGAGAGUCCAUGAAAUGAGAGAUGGCCUCUUUUCAGUCCAUGAAAUGAGAGAUGGCUCCAUGACAGGUUGCCUCCACUCAGUUGGGUCUGAUCUUACUUGUACCUGGGAGCUUCCAGAGCUGCAGCAGAAUGUGUCCAUGCAGAGCGGCCAAGAAGCUGCGGCAGUGGACAAGGAUCCCAGGACUCCUACAAGUGUGCGUGAGCCGGCUGUGCCUGUUUGUUCCCUGGAGAGUGGAGUGCUUGAACAGGGAAUCAAAAAGUCCAUAACUGGUGCUGAUGAGAUGCAAUCUACCCAGGAUAAGUGCUCCAAUGGGGCUGCAACAAAGGGCAAAGGGAAGGGGACAGAGGUAGCUGUUGGUGAGUCAUCCAGUGGAGCUGGCAAAUGGGUGGUUAGUAAAACAGAGAGCGGUGCUGCAGUGACCGACCCUCUGGGUGGCUCGACCCCGAAGAGGCUGAGGACCGCAGGCUCUGUUGUAGCAGGUGCUGGCUGGGCUUCAACAGUUGAGGAGUUGGUGCAGCAGGCGGCUGGGCGUCUGGUGCAGCAGGAGAAGGCGGGCAACGCCAGUGCCGGCAUGGUCGUGGAUGCUGUGUUGGAGCUGUUGGGUGACGCGUUGGGUGUGGCAUCUCCGCUGGCCGGGUCCUCGGACACGGCGGUGGUGAUGGCGUUGUGCGCCGUGUACAAGCAGCUGACAAUGAAGAGGCUCAACGAGGGAGUCGCAGUGGAGACGGCAAGGGACCUGUAGCUCGCUGCCUGUCGUGUGCGUCCGGCCUGUGCAAUGGGACGGGAAUGUAGUAUUUUGUUGAGCGUUGGAAUGUGCAUUGUGCUUGUACCUGUCAGAGCUUACUUUUGUCGUUUGGCUGGAAAUGCCAUCUCAUGUAGUAUGAACCAGUAGUGGAAUUAGGUAGGUUUAGUCCUAUUGAUCUAUAGUCAGACAUCUCUACCCUAAUCAAUGUCUAAUAAUGCAUUACUCUAUUCAUAA